CAGCCAACAAGAUGAGAUGCCUGGUUAUCUUGGGUCCCCCAUCAUGACCUGUUCACAGUUCCUCCAAAAGACUGAAGAAAGAGGCUGACGAGCGUGGUGACAAUUCCCGUCCACGCCCACCAAGCCGCUACACCACGGCCUCUCUCUGAGGGUGGCCUGAUGCUACACUAACACAGUUUGAAUAUCCAAACAUGCAGCUACAAAGUGGCUUGGCCUUCUUGUCUCCCUGUCUUUCGACCUCUACACCACGCGGUACAAGAACCUGAUAGCCGAACACGCGACGCUUUUGUGUGUUCAGCUAGCUACGCUACGACUGAGGAGGCCAGUCAAGGACUCGAGAACAGCGUCCAAAAUUCACAGGAGUCUUUCUUCGAAAAGCGUGAUUGGAACGGCACAACGGUGCUAGGCAAUGGCUUGUCGGUGAGAGCCAAACGAAAGCAUUUCUGCAAAGCCCAUGUGGUCACAGUUCCAGAUACCCAUCCCAAGUCUGUGGAGAGCUGCUUGAAAUUUCCAUCUACUAAAAAGCCAUCUUGGAGAUCAUUGCACAGAGCUCUGCUCGUCCUAUUCUAGAUCGGGCUAUACGUAAAUCUCAGAAGAGUGCUGGACCGCAAACCUACCCCCUGGACAAGCCUUGACCUUAGCUGGACGGGCUUUUCACUUUAGGUCCUCGUGUACAUACCUCACUGUCGUUCACGGCAAGCUCCGCCCUGCCCGUUCUCCCAGCCUACAACCGACAACCGUCACUCAGUCACUUCUUUUCCAACAGCACCUACUCGCCGGUGAGGAUACCUCAGCUCUGUCAAGCUCUCAUCUGUCUUUGACACCUUGGCAAAAGCAAAGCUGGGGUGGGGGCUUCCUUUUGUACCCUUCCUAUCUCUCUUCACUCUUUGACCUUGGUUCCGAGGUCCAAAGUCUCCAGCAACUGAUCCUCCAUUGCCGGAUAUCUGACCAAAGGGUCUUUGUUGUCCGCAACUCUUCGCGGCCGAGUGCCGGGUUGCGGGUUACAAGUCACACCAGGUGUCUCGCCCACACACACCUUCGACGAGCUGCGUUGUUGCGGUAUCGCCCCCGUCCCUUCUUUGCUUCACCGGCUACUUCGUGGUUCGUACGUCAGGCGGAGAUUUAUUGUCCACUCGCCGCCCUCACUUACACUCGUUACCUUGUCUCAGCCGACCAAUCGAGACUCAGGUGGACUUUCGGCCCAGUGUCUCGGAGACGGAGAGGCGUAGCAACAUUCCUUUUGCACCUGGCCUUGUCACCACUUGUGCACCACUCCACCUUGAGUGGUCUGCUCGAUGGUAAUAUUUGACCAGGUUAUUCUCUUACUCUUGAGCUACCUAGGCAUCGCAUGAAAAAGUCAGCAUCUCCUCGAACUCUUACCUCAAUAUCCUCCGACAGAUCGCAUACGACACCCAUCAGGAAGCUUUGCCAUGGAUUCCACCGGGGCUGGCAGUUCUCCAGAGAAAAGCUCCUCUCCGGAUCCCAAGCCGCCAGUAUCUUCAUCUGAAGCUAAUACAGGCACUGGCGCUUCUGCAAGUGCCGGUACCGGUGCGACGGCAUCGGGUAGCCAAGAGGACCCUCCAAAGAAGGCACCAGUUAGGAAGAGAACAAAGACCGGUUGUCUUACUUGUCGAAAGCGACGCAUUAAAUGUGACGAAGCCAAGCCGAUCUGUAACAACUGCACCAAAUCCAAGAGACAAUGUGAAGGCUACAACCAACGACUCACGUUCAAGGAGCCUCUGAGUUCUUACGGCCAUGGCUCUAAUCACUUUGGGCAUCCCGUAUACCAUCAGCAGAACCGAAAUCAACCUAUCGGUGCUCCUUUGACGGCUACUCAGGCCAAAGCAGCAGCACAACAAGGAUCACUUGCUGCUAUCGCGCCAAAGCCACCACAAGCCGACUUUACGGGCACGGUGCCCAUGUCCUUUGCGGCGCCGCAACGACAACACCAGACACACCACCCCUUUCUGGCCGCUCAAGCUGGAGGUCCGGCUUCACAGACAUCCUUCUAUGGACAACUACCUAGUCCCAGCCAAAGCGUCUCUUCAGUAGGUCCUCCACCACCGCCAGGCUGCCUCCCUCAACAUGCAUACGAGAGUACCUUCCAGUUGAUGUCUCCGACACAUGGCUAUGAGCCGAACCGGGUGAUUGAGGCAGGUUCAUCCAACUACAGCCACGCUUGGACAGCGACAAGUAAACAACACCGCCGGAUUAUUGAAGAGGAUGAUGGGUUGCAACCUGACGACAAUGGGUUCGUCAAGGAGGAAACGUACUGGCAGUCCGACGAUGAGGCAUCCAUGGCCGACUCGGAAGACGAAGAUAUCCCCAUGGAUGUCCACGAUGCGCAUCUCGAGUCAAAUGACCUCGGUAUCCACGUAGCCAGGCGGCUAAUAGCCCCCGCGGACGCAUAUGGUGUUCAGAUGAGAACGGUUGCUGGGUUCCCGGAGAUGAACGUGUUACAAACGUACAUCCCCUCGUCCAUGAGCUCGCCUCUCAACGACUCUCAGACUGCCGCCGUGUUUUGGUACUUUGUCAACGUCACCGGGCAGAGCAUGUCCCUUUACGAACGACAUCCGUUCGAUCCCACACCCAUGUUCCAUGGCCAACCAGUGCCCAAGACCAGGCAACAUAUUUGGACUUACAUUUUUCCCAUCAUGGCCUUCAACCAUCCCGCUUUGAUGCAAGCCAUUCUCGCCCUAGCCAGUCUGCAAAUAGCCAACCUAGCCCGAGUUCCCGCCACAGCAGCCAUGAAGCACUACCACCUCUGUCUGCGCCGGAUCGCCCGAAACUACCAAAGCCCCAGCCGGCGCACGCAACCGGCUACUCUCGCAGCCACGCUCCUGCUCGGCUACUACGAAGUCUGGAACUCGGACCACGACAAGUGGUGCCGACACAUGUGGGGAGCGCACGCCAUCAUGAAAGAGAUUCCGUUUUUGAAGAUGACCAAGGAGAUCUUUGCCCAUCAACGAGAACGACGGCCCACUGCUUCUCUUGGCCCUGAUCUCGCGCUGUACGAGGUCGAUACGGAACUAAUCAGUCAGCUGACGGGCAAGAAGGUCACCUAUGAUGAUCCGGAGGUGGCGAGCAAGCAGCGGCCGUAUACGGAGAAGGACCUUGAGACUUAUCAGCAGCUGAGGGAUCUGUACUGGUGGUAUUGUAAGAUGGACGUUUAUCAGAGUAUUUUGGGAGGGACAAGGCUAUUUAUGCCGUACGAUCAAUGGGCUCAGUGUGCGCCGAGAGGAGAGUGUGGGAGGAUGGAUGCCAUCUACGGCACUUUCGACCACUUAAUGCUCCUCCUCGGCCGCGUAGCGAACUUUGCUUCCCGAGACCUCGCCCGCAAGCGAAAAGCGCGCCGAGCCGGUGGUCCCCCCGGCAGCGCCGGACGAGGACAAGGACCGCCGGCACAUGGCCCACCCGGUCAAGGCCCUCCUCCCGGCCACGGCGGUCCACCCCAAGGAGGCCCCCCUUCUUCAUCAUCAUCCUCCUCCUCUUCCUCCGCCGGGCGCGGCCAAUCCCCACCUCUCUUCGCCGGCCUCAUGCCCACCAAGGGUACCUUCAUCCCACCCCAAGGCUUCUCCCCGCGCCGCGACCCGACGACCCCCGACACCGACUCCACCGACGACAUGGACUACGACACAGCCACGCUCGCCGCCUUUCGCGAAUGGGACGAGAUCCGCUCAGCCUUUGAUCUCUUCAAGUCCCGACUCGGCCCGGACUUUGCGCCCAUGGGUCCCGAUCUCGCCACGCCGGAGAUGACCCCCUUUGGCCCGGCCCUGAUGUACAGAACGUAUAGUAUUGCGGGUAUCUGGAUGAACUACUACAUGGGAUUGAUCGCGCUGCAGAGGGCGCACCCCGCGAUGCCUCCCGUGGCGAUGAUUGCGGCGGGGAUGAGCGCCGGGCAGACGGCGCCGUGGGCAAAUACGAUUGCGAGGAUCGCCGCGGGGUUGCAUGAGGAUACGAGCCAUGUCAGUGCGGUGAGUACGCUCGUGGGGGCGGCGUUCAUUGAGAGUGGGUUUUGUUUGUUUGUUGCUGGUAUUCAGUUCCAAGAACCCCCCCAACGCCACUGGCUCAUCUCCCGUCUGCACGACAUGGCCCGUCUAACGGGCUGGCAAUCCGCCCGCCAGAUCGCCGACGGGUGCGAAUCCGGGUGGAUGAAAGCUGCGGAAAUGGGCCGUGGUCCACCGUAUCGACGGCUUUCUUCUUCUUCUUCUUCUUCUUUUUCGGGUAGUAGUAGUAGUAAUAGUAGUGGUUUUCUACCGAUUUGGAUGCGACCGCGAAGAAUCGACAAGAAGAUCCGGGAGGAGCAGGCGGGGGAGAACCGGUUGGUGCUGGCGAGGACGGAGCAUGCGCAUUUUGCGCUGGGGUUGUUGACGGUCGAACAGGAUUUGGAUCGGUUGGAGUUGAGUGAGGGGGAGUAGAGGUGAUUGAUUACAUGUAGAGAAUCUUGGGGUGUAAUACCAUAUGGGACUAUAUAUAUAUAUGCAUAUAUAUAAUUCGGGCGUUGAGGGUGGGUUGGGAAACAUGAGAUGAGCGGGCUUUAACGAGCGAGUGAGCUUAUAGCGGACGACGACCUGGGCAUUAUGGAAUACCUUGAUGUACUGUUUAGAAGGCUGGAACGGAAUCCAAGUCCGAGACGAG